AUGUCUCUAACCACUCCUACCAAACCGAAAUUCCCUCUCUUCGAACGCCCUGGUGAUUCGCGGUCUCCGUCCAGGUCCCCUCGCAAGAAACCUCAGUUUGCAAUCCGAGAACUCGAUCCUCUUUUGGCGAAUCUCUCGCCUGAUUCUACCCUACGAGCUCUGAGGGCAACCGACACGAUCCCCGGCGGAGGCUCCCAAGAUGCCCUGGCUUCCAGCAUCGGUGACGCCAGCCCUGCAGAGCGAGAAGUUGGCAUCCGAGCCGCUUUUGCCGCCCAGAAGCUCCGCGAAUGGAGGGAUGAAGUGUCAAAGUGGACAUGGCCAGGAACAAGAGAAAGAGCACUGGGGUUGGGAUUCAUAACUCCUCGAGGUGCCCAGGGCUUCAAUCUAGACUAUCGUGGCUUUUUGACGGUCACGCUAGCAGAGCACUACGAGGCUAGAAUAGAGGAGAUUAGGGACGGCCUGGAUACCCUCGGGAUUGAAGACAUCAAAGAUCAUGUUCUGGAGGCCCAUGUACCCGCGAAAGCGUCGCCCAUGAGCCCUCCGUCCAGCGGAAGUCGAACGAGCUACGGCAGGAUGCGAGACUUUACAGCGUUGGUGACGGCUACAGUUAUCCAAGCACUUCCUGACCUGGCUAAACUCAACAUGCUACUCGAUAACUGGGAUAUACGGCUGAGAGUAUUGAGGCAACUUCCGCGCUUCUAUGAGGUCAUGGACUCUACUACCUCAGAGGUUCAGCAGGCCUUCGAUGAAAUUCAAAACACCGAUGCAGCGGCCAAAUUGACGGAAGAUAUGAUUGAACGUAAAAAGGUGGUUGUGGGGGCUCAGGUGGCCGAGCUAGGUCGACGAGUCGACCGACUUCUUGAUAUGCUGGAGGGGCACGAUGAUUCGCUUCCUCAAACGUGGAUCGACCGGUUGGAAAAGAUUGAGCUUGACUAUGCCACAUGGGUCGUAGAAGCCCAACAAGUUGUCCUGAGGAACAGCCUGGGAAUGACACUAGGUAAAAGCCCUCGGCAAGGGCAGUUGGCUCCUAAAAUGACUCUUCCUGGCUUGGACAGCGAGACGGCGCCAUCUCCGAGGGAACAGCACACCGAUGGCGCCGAGACACGUCCAGAGGUUGUUGAAGAGCUAAGGACAAUAAACACCGAAUCAUCGUCACCCAGCAAAGGCGACAGAUCGGUGAAACAUAAACCUUCACUGAAGCUGAACUUAUCAGCAGAUCGAAACGGACACAGGAGAGAAAUUUCCAAGGUCUCUAUCGCAGACUCUACGAUAUCGGGAUUUUCAGAUCUGUCCAACGCCGAAAUCAUGGAUGCUCGACAGACCAGCGUGCUCCCAAGCCCCAAGAUCAACCUUGUAGACAAUCCAUUCCGAGCAAGUCGCGACGAGCUUACUUGGUUUGGCAACUCAACAGCAGCUCAGCAGGAGCUGGCUUUCAGACCUCCAAUGCUUCAACGAGCUUCAACCGCUUCCGUCGAGGUGGUCCCAAAGGACCAGCUCAAACGUGUCGUGCUAAGGAGAAGUGCCAGCUGGGACAUGUUGUCUGCAAUGCCUGAAUCGCCUGAAAGCACCCCUUCCAAGGCUCUGAGGCAGCUGACUGGAGCUGACUCACCACUGAAAGAUACUGCAGUGGCCGAACUCGAAGGCUCUGAAGUUGUCCUAGAUCCUCCGACUGCAUCGACCUCGGAAGGCAAUUCUCUUGCUUCGCCUUCUCUUGAAGUUGAACCACUCCAACUGAAGACUAAAGAGGCACCCCCAGGGCCACCGAUAAUGCCAGCCUUGCCACGGAGGUCAAGCAAGCGAAACACCCAAGAUAGACUGAGCACAUUUUCCACCUUGACACCUAUAUCCAGUAAUAGCCCUGUGACGCCCGUGGACAAUGUGCAGACUUUGAGCGACUCCACCUUGACCACAUCCAUCAAGGAGACCUCGCCGAAUUCGGCGAAAAAGGUCGAGUCACUGGAGGAUAAAAUCCAAGACAUACUGACAACUCUACCAACGAAAAUUCGACUGGCCAAGGACGGAGACUAUUCUGGCAUCACGCAACCUUCGUCAACAUCCUCGACACGAUCUUCCACGCCCACAGCCGCACUGACUUUGUCUCCUGUCAAGGCUGAAACCUAUACACCUAAGAGCGAUGAUUCCGGCAUCAGGCUAUACCAUCUCACCCGGUCGGGCCAAGCCCGAGAUGCACCUCCCGUCAAAUUAUUCGUGCGAAGCGUUGGGGACGGACAGCGUGUCAUGGUUCGCGUUGGAGGUGGUUGGGCAGAUUUAGGAGAGUAUUUGAAAGAAUACAGCUUGCACCACGGUAGCCGGUCCACAGCAGAUGGCCGUCUAGAAGUCGCUAGUUUUCCCAGCAAUGGACUUAGGGACGCCAAUGCCGCCCACAACACGCAAGGCUCUCUUGCUAAGCGCAAGUCGAAGUCUCCUGCUUCGAGCCCGCAAACCGCAGACAUAUCCUCGCCUCCAGAUCUGUCGAAUCCGAGACUGCGUCCGUUGACGCGAGUGCGCUCUCCUGAACCUGAAAGAAGAGUUGUCAAGGACAAGGAAAGCUGGACGCCGCCUCCAGUACCUCCCAUUCCUUCGUCAUAUUACUCCAAAUCACCCACGACCACGACAGCCGCCAACCGGGACAGUGGUGCUCCUACCGUAGCCAUUGGCCCUGCGCAAUCACCCGAUGGAAAAGGCACGGGCCCCAGCUCGAGAACUACCACAAUACAGGCCCCGGGUGUCACGACCACCACCACCGUCACACCCGCAACGACAACGGCGACGAACUAUACGCCUCUCGGUGGAGCCGGGCCAAAGACGAAUCCACGACGAGCUGCCGCCUUUGCGACGGGCUCCGCUGCCGACAAUGAUGCAUGGGUCGAGAAUCUCGUCGGCAAAGCAAGGGCAGUCAGUGGAGGAAAUGCAACAAACAUCGGUCAAGGCCCGAGCAUGACCACGACCACCACGACCACGACAACUACUUCUCUGGCUACCUCGAGUAACAACACGCCUACAACCCGCCGUGCAUCCUCUUAUAUGAGCUUGACGCCGAACUCCAGCCCCGUCACGCUCUCGCCCAGCCCCAGCAAUUCCUCUGCCGCCUCGUCCAGCGACUCGAAAUCUCGUCGCGUCAGUCUCACAGGCCGGUCCAAGAGCCGAAUGAGCCUGAGCGACAUGAGCGGCAUCCGGAGAGUUUUCUUACGAAAGAAGAGUGAGAACGUGAGGUGA